AACUAAAGGCGCCACCCUUUCAACCAAAUCUCUCUUCUCAAGUCUCUCUCUAAUUAUCUUAAUCUCCGCCGUCGAAACCAUGGCCGAAAGAGACACCGACCCCAGUAAGAUGUUUAUGAUUCUUGCACAGAGUCGAUGACAUGCGUCUUUUGGGACGUUGAGGAUUUCCCGUUUCCUGUUGGUCUGCGUACUGAUUUGGUUUAUCAAAAAUUGAAAUCUUCUCUUGAGAAGGAUGGUUAUGUUCUUGGUGAGUUGUCAAUCAUGGCUUAUGCUGAUAAGGAAAAGUUCCCCUAUGAUCUUGAUGUUUAUCGGAACGCUGGUAUCACCAUCCAUCUCGUCCAAGGGGAUAAAUGUGCCAGAGUUAGAAGUAUGUUAUUAGACAUUUUAUCGUGGGCACUAAAACAAUCUCCUAAUUGUGAGCUUAAUUCUGAAGCAUUAGAUUUGAUGUUAAUCUCAGAAAACAUCAAAGAGAAAACGUAUUUCCUUCAAAGCCUUCAGAAUUUGAAAAAAUUGUCGUGCUACAAUGUUCUUCUGUUAGCACUGCCUCCUCAUCUCUCUUCUUCAUAUGAGCUACCUACGCUAAGCUUCGACUGGCUUAGCGCUAGCGCAAGCCUAUUAGAUGGAGGAAAGCCCAAGACCUUACCUGAAGGUCUUGACCAUAGGCGAAAGAGUAGAGAGGAGACUGUUGCUUUUUCUGAUGGAGACUCUGACGCAAAGUCUAUGACAUGCGUCUUCUGGGACUGUUUCGAUGAUGAUGACUUCUUGUCAGGUUAUAACAGUUGUGGAUCUUAUAAUUAUAUAUAUCAUCGUCUGAGAUGUUUACUUCAGGCUGAUGUUGGUGAGUUGUCAAUCAUGGCUUAUGUUGAUAAGAAUUCCCCCCGUCUUCGUUUGCCUCCGAAUUCUCCAAUCAAAAUCGUCCGAGGGAACAAAGAUUCGAGAGUUCAUAACAUGUUAGUGGAUAUUGUUCUGUGGGCAUUUAACAAUCCUGUGGUUAAUUAUAAAACAUUAACUUUGAUGGUAAUGUCAGAAGACAUCAAAGAAAAAACGUAUUUACUGAGUGCACUUGAAGCUUUGGAGGACAGGCAUUACCAUGUUUUCUUAGCAGUACCUGAUGAUUAUGAUAUCGCAGCAAGUAAGCUACCUAGUGUAAGAUUAUCCUUGCUUAAGAGUAGCCUAUCUCAUGGACGCCCACUCGAAAUGCCUUUCUUCAAGAGCAGAGAGGAGCCAAUCAAGAGCAGCAGAGAGGAGGAGCCUAUUGCUUUUUCUAAUAUUGGAAUACCAAACAGAUUCACCACUGAUAUAGAUGUGUUUUGGGACGUCAAGGGUUUCCCAAUCAAAGAAGAAGAUGGCGUUUUUUGGGAUCCUAUUUUAGCUCUGAGGAGGAAGGGUUAUGGUGGUGAUGCAUCAGUCAGGGCUUAUGUUGAUAGUGGACAUGGAUUCUUUGAUAUGGGACAUGGAUUAUUUAAUGAUUCCUUGGCGGCUACAAUUGUCAUUACCGAAGGGGAUGAUAAAUUUGCAAAAUAUACUCGGAUGUUACUGGACAUUCUUUUUUGGGGAAUGAACAAUGAUGCACCAGCAAUUUUGAUGCUUAUGUUAAAACCCCCAAAAGGAACCAGGUUUGGCCGUGUUAUUCAAGCUUUGAAAAACAAAGGUUUCAAUGUUAUCUCAGCAUCGCGCACCUAUGAUUUGUGCUCAUCUCGUGAAAGGAGGAGAAUCUCCGGAAAUCAGUCUAGUGGUUCUGAAAUUUACCUCUAUUGGAUUGCAGACGAUUGUUCCAAUCCCCGUUUGUUCUUUUCGUUAAUCAGAUCUUCUCUUUGGAAGAAGGGUUAUUAUGGCGGUGUGUGUAUGACGGUUUUUGUUGAUGAGGGAAAGUUCAAAGGUGACUUGCUCUCUGAGUAUAAAAAAUUCCUCACCUUUUCCGUACCUCAAGGUGAAAUAGUUACUCAAAUGUUCGUGAACAUGCUUUGCAAGGCAAGGCUGUUCACUGGGGACAGUGUGAUGUUAAUAAUCUCAAAGCCCUUCAAAGACCAAAAAUUCUACACUGUUCUUGGGGAUAUGAAAGCCAGAGGUUACAAUGUUUUCUUAGAACAACCUGAUUCUAUGGCCACAUUUGGAAGCGGCAUGUGGUCUGCUCAUAAAAGCUUUAUAGAUGGAGGUGGCCAAGGAUAAUGAAAAUUUUAAAGAUGAUUAAGAGAAAGAAGAAACUCUCACUGAAGAAUGGAGAAGACUCAUCUUCAGAGGGCAGUAAAGAAAGGAAGAAGCACAAGCUAUCGAAAAUGUCAGUCACACGGGAAGAAAUUAACGCAAGCGUGAAUUCCAGCUUCGAAAAAGAAGUUCAAUGUUCUCUCCUCCAUUGCCACUGAAAGAUGGUCUGACCUAUUGGUUAUGACUUGAGUCAACCAAAGAAGAUAACUUUUGUGUCGUUGAAAUGUUAACAUUAGCUGAACGGUUCCACUUAGGUUUUAGCUUUCCUCUUGGUUUGUUCCCUUACCACAAUUGUGACGGUUUCAGGUUUCUCUGGGGACAGUUGUGAUACUUUAUGAUGAUCCUGUUUCUAGCAUCA